ACUGAUGUCGCUCCCGUCGCCCCGGCGCGCAGAGCGAGGGGCGACGAUGGCACCGACGGCCUCGGCGGCGCGGCGCCGAGCGAGCUAACGGCCAUCCAGUGCAAAAACGUCCCCGACUACCUCAACGACAGGACGGUGCUGGAGAAGCACUUCGGGCAGUUCGUGAAAGUCCGUCGGGUCAUGACGCGCAGGAGUAAGAAGACGGCCGUCGUCCACUUCUUUGACCAUGCCUCUGCAGCUCUCGCCAAAAAAAAGGCAAAAGAAUUGCACAAAGACAUAGUGACGUUUUGGCAGAAGAAGAAAACAAGUCCAGCAAAAAGAGAAUUUUCAUCCAAGGAGAAGAAAGCAAGUGAAGAUGAAGGAAGGCAAAGCAGUGAAGAGCAAAACUACCAGCAUUCCCCUCUUCGAAAACCUUUAAUAAGAUCUUCUGCCAGCACUGUAACGCCUGGUAGAAGCUCUCCAGCAAAGAAGCCUGGUCUUCGAAAGGCUCUGCAGUUUGAAGUAGAUCUUUUUGAUUCCAGUUCUGAAGGACAGAACUCAGAAGGCAUGGCAGCUUCGUUGUCAUCUCUAAGUAACCUGGUAGGAUUAGUGGCAGAGACAUCUGAGGAAAGAUACCGUCUUUUGGACCAAAGAGACAAAAUAAUGCGACAAGCUCGAAUAAAAAGGACUGAUCUUGGAAAAGCAAAAACUAUUGUUGGCACUUGUCCAGACAUGUGCCCUGAAAAGGAGCGGUAUAUGAGAGAGACAAGAAACCAGCUUAGUAUCUUUGAGUUGCUGCUAGGAUCUGACAAGGUAAAUCAUGCAGCAGCAAUCAAGGAAUAUAGCAGAUCUUCAGCAGACCAGGAGGAACCUUUGCCACAUGAAUUGAGACCCUCUGAAGUGUUAAGCAUGACCAUGGACUAUUUAGUGACAAACAUUAUGGACCAAGGAGAAGGAAACUACCGAGAGUGGUAUGACUUUGUCUGGAACAGAACUCGGGGAAUAAGAAAGGAUAUAACCCAGCAGCAUCUCUGCAACCCGCUGAUGGUGUCUCUGAUUGAGAAGUGCACUCGCUUUCACAUCCAUUGUGCUCACCAGCUGUGUGAAGAGCCCAUGUCCUCCUUUGAUGCCAAAAUCAACAAUGAGAACAUGACAAAAUGCUUACAAAGCUUGAAAGAGAUGUAUCAGGACUUGGCUAACAAAGGAAUUUACUGCCAGAGUGAAGCAGAGUUCAGAGGUUACAAUGUUUUGCUGAAUCUCAACAAGGGUGAUAUUCUCAGAGAAGUGCAGCAGUUUCACCCAGAGGUUAGAAACUCCCCUGAAGUUAGAUUUGCAGUUCAAGCUUUUGCUGCACUAAACAGCAACAACUUUGUGAGGUUUUUCAAAUUAGUGCAGACAGCUUCCUAUCUGAAUGCCUGUCUCUUACAUUGUUAUUUCAACCAGAUUCGUAAGGAUGCACUCAAGUCUCUCAACAUUGCCUACACUGUGAGCACCCAAAGAUGUACAGUGUUUCCCUUGGAUCACUUGGUCCGUAUGCUACUGUUCAAAGACUGUGAGGAAGCAACUGAUUUUAUAAGUUACUAUGGCCUGAGUGUAUCUGAUAAUACUUACGUGGAGCUGAAUCGCUCUGCUUUUUUGGAGCCUGACGGAUUACCCAAACCUCGUAAAUCGCUGUUUGUCAGUCAGAAGCUGACAGUCUCAGUUGGGGAAGUUGUAAAUGGCAGGCCACUGCCACCGGCACCUCACCAUGUGCCUGUGUCUAGCUUCAAUGGACAGAGCAAAUAUAUUGGUGGAAUUGCUACUGGAGAUCAAGCUGGUAAUAACCAAAAAUCAAGUAUGGAAGCAGCAGAAGGAAGAGUGGAAAGCAAAGGUGUGGAUUUAGAUGUCCCAGCAGUAAGAGUCCAGCCACCAGCUCAUCUUCUGCCCUCACUUUUACCUCGUCCUCUUAUGUCAGCGCUGCCUCCUGCACAGACCAUUUCCCAAUCUGCUGCACAGCCUGAUCCUCUUCCUUCAAAGCCUCAACCUGUGUACACAGACACGGAUAUUGCUGAGGUUGUGGAUGGGCUUGUGCACGACGUUGUCAAAGGAGAGUGCAGAGAAGUUGGCAAAGCAGGAGCAGAUUAUGUGACUGCAGCAAUCUGCACCUCAGAGGCCACCAUGAAGGAAUUGGUGGCUGAAGUGAUGGAGGAGGUCCUCCAACAAGUGGCUGUAACCAUGUUCAAUGUGGAAAGGGAGCGUGUGAAGGAGGAAAGGCGCAGAGUGGAGGAAGAGAGGCAGAGGCAGGAAAGACAACAGUUAAUAAAGCAGUUGAGUCAGUUGGUGAGUAUAGAGCUAAUGGAAGAAGUAAUAAAUGAGACUGUUCAAGAAGCUUCAGCCAAUGAAUUAAAAUGUGCCUUAGAAAGAGACCAGCAAGCCCGCGUUGCCCGGUGUUCAGAAGAAGUCUGUGGUCAUGUCAUGGAUCUCUUCCUGGAGGAUGAGAUUUUCCAGAUUGCAAAAGAAACCAUUCAGGAGCUCCAGUGUUUCUGCAAAUAUUUGCAAAGGUGGAGGGAGGCAGUGGCAGCUCGAACAAAGCUGAAACGUCAAAUGAGGGCAUUUCCAGCUGCUCCAUGCUGCAUGGAUCUGAAAAAUAAACUGAAAGCCCUGUCACCCAGUGCUGAGUGGCCUAUAACCAUGGAGAACUUAUGCAAGAGGAUUGUGAACAUGGGGAAUGGAGGAAAGCUGGGAGUCUCUUGCACAAGAUUGAAUUGGCUUAGAAACAAGACAGCACAUGAUAUCAAAGUUCAGCACUUCUAUCAGCAGUUGUUAAGUGAUUUAGCAUGGACUCCUCUGGAUCUUGCUUCAUUGAUCGCUGAACAUAUUCCAAUUAAACAAGAUCAGGUUUUUUGGAAGGUGCUGUUGGUUUUGCCAAAUGAUGAUGAGUAUGAAGAGGAUGACCCCAACAGGAUAUUGAUAGAGUGGUUGAAGGCCAAGUUCUUGAAAGACAGAAGCUGGAAGAAAACUGCUUCAUGUGAAGAAGUUAGAAUUCAAACACUGACAUUGUUUAAUUCUUCUGGCGUACGAGGGAGCAGAAACAUCAAAGUCAGCGUGUGUAUUAAGGUGGUACAUGGUGUGCUCUCUGACUCUGAGCUUGAUGCAUCCAGUACGCAAAAAGACUUACUUGGAACCAGCGGUCUCAUUCUCCUCCUGCCCCCUCAAGUUAGAAGUGAAGAUGUUGCAGAAGAAGAUGUUUAUUGGCUUUCUGCUUUGCUGCAGUUGAAACAAUUACUUCAGGCCAAACCUUUCCAGCCAACAGUUCCACUUCUGGUUCUAGUCCCCAGUCUGGAAGAGGAGGCCACAGAGAAAGAAGUUGAAGAAGGUUUAAUGCUCCAGGAUUUGAUUUCAGCCCAGCUUAUUUCAGACUACAUAAUUGUUGAGCUACCAGGUUCUAUCAAUGACUUAGAAGGCACCAGAAGGAUCUCUGCAGCUAUGAGCUGGUUGGUUUCACAGUGCCCAAACUCCCUUGAGCUCUGCAGUCAGACCCUUCAGGAGUACAUUGAGGAUGGCAUCGAUGGUGAAUUUGGCAAGCGCUUCUACCAUGACUGGAAGGAGAGACGUUUAGCUGGCCUGCCAUCUCAGGAGCCUGGGGUCAUCAUAGAGCUGUACAACAAUGUGCUCCAGUUUCUAUCAGAAGUGGCAUCCUCAGAGCAUCUUUGUGACUUGUCUUGGCCUGUUACUGAGUUUUCAGAGCCUGGGGGUAACAAGCUGUUGCCCCACAUGGAUUGGAACGUGCCUGAUCACCUAGCUUGGCUGAAAAAGGCUGUGCUGUCCUUUCAGAUCCCCUACCUAGAUCUGCCUCCACUAGGUGCUCCUUGGCGUCCUGUUUGCCGAAUGAUUUUUCAGUAUGCAUCUCAGAUUGCCAGUUCUUCCCAUACUCAACCACUGAUCCAGUCUCAAGUGGAGAAUCUGUUGAGCAGAACAUACCAGAAGUGGAAAAAUGGGCCAUUAGGGAACACUGGUGAUGGACCUUCUGUUGAUGAGAUCCCUUGGGAUGAUAUCCUGGCAACGUGCAUUGAUCAUAAGCUGAGAGACUGGAAACCACCCAAACUGCCUGUUGCACCAGAAGCAGUAAGUGAAGAUGGCCAGAUUCGUGUGUAUUACUUCAAGGAACAUUUAAAGAACUUCACUCUCCCUUUUUCAUGGGAACAAGCCAGGCUACGCACACAGGAGGAGAUCCGGCAGGGCCACAAGAGGUCAAGGGUAAAAUCUCCUGUCUCUUUCAAGAAACCCUGUAGGGUCUCCAUGUCAGAUCAGUAUGGUGCUGGUGUAAGCAUACUGUCAGGGCAAAGAAGGAAUGUUUCCAGUGCAGAUGAACUUAGAGCUUCAGCCCAGGACCUCCCAGAGCGCCUGUUAACUCAACUGAAACUGGAGAAAGUGGAAAGCAGAAGGUUUGAAGAACAGUUGCACCAAUAUCUAGCUGAGGACAUUGAGCCCCUUGGUGACCUCAUGGGCUUUCCUCUCUACCUUCCCCAGUCCCUGAUCUCCACUCCAACUCUUGCUGGUCCGUUGAUCAAGAGUCCCAUGUCAUCUGUUCAAGUGGAUGGGAGUGAAGCACGAUUUGAGCUGUCAAUAGAUGACCGAAGCCCUGCGCUGUCAGACAGACUGAAGCAUUUGCAAAGGCUUCUCAGAGCUGACAGGGAGGGUGAAGUUGCUUCUGAGCUUCACCUCUCUGCCCUGAUGGACAUGGUGGAUAUUUGAUCAGAACUAAAGCACAU